AUGUCAGGCCUUAGAGAUCUUCCAAUUCAACUCGAUGAAUUGAUGGAUAUCCUUAAAGAUUAUAUUGACUCUUUUAAUGCAUUAUAUCAAUUAAAAACGAACAAUGCAGAAGAGAGAAAAUCAAUUUACAAUAUGUUCAAAACGAAUUUGCUUAAAACAAAGAAAUAUCUUCCACAAACCAUAAUAGCAAUCAUAUCACGAUUGUAUACAUAUAAUAAUCGCUGCAUUAAGUCAUAUUUACAAUUAGUUAAGCAAAUAUAUGAUGAUUUUCAUCCCAAAAUUAUAAAAAAUGUCAAUGUUUGUUUUGAAUAUCUCUUUUACAAAGAAUAUGGAAUAUUGCUAGAAGAAUGUGGCACAGAACAUUUUAAAAAGCAUCAAGAUAUUGAUACAAACGUUCAUGAAGAAAACACAACAGGCAAAGCUAUUAUGGAUGAUGAUAAAAAUUUAUUUAUAUCAUUCACGGAAAGAGAAGGUUUUGAUCACAAACAAAAAAUAGCUAACGACUUAUAUCCUGUCGAUAAGCUAUCACUCCUUGAGCUGUGUUGUUAUCAUGGAUCAGUCAAUUGUUUCAAGUUUUUAAGAACAAAAUUUAACUCAGAAAUAACCAAAUUAUGUCUCGAAUUUUCAUUUUUAAGUGGAAAUCCAGAGAUCAUGAGCGAAUGUUUGAAAUAUCAGAAACCAAAUAAAGAUUGCAUGAAAUAUGCAAUUAUUUCACACAACAUUGAUUUUGUUACAUUCUUAAUGAAUGAAUACAACAUUAAAAUUAAUUUGGAAUAUUGUACGGAGUUCAGCAAUCCUCAUGCAUUUUUAGUUUAUUUAGAUCAAACACAUGAUUUUAAUAUGUGUUUGGUUUAUUCACCAAGGUUCUUUGAUGUUAAACUUUGUGAAUAUUUGAUUUCACAUGGUGCAAAAAUAUAUUCUGAAAAUGAUGAUAAAAAAAACGCACUUCAUAUUGCAGCAGAAUGUAAUAGCAAAGAAACUGCAGAAAUUCUUAUUUCACAUGGUGCAAAUAUUGGUGCUGAAUGCAGUUGUUAUAGAAAAACCCCUCUUCAUAUUGCAGCAGAAUGUAAUAGCAAAGAAACAGCCGAACUUCUUGUUUUACAUUGCAAGAAUAUCGAUGAAAAAAAUAUAAAUGAAAAAACCGCUCUUCAUUAUGCAGCCUAUCAAAAUAGUAAAGAAAUCGCAGAAUUUCUUAUUUUACACGGGGCGAAUGUAAUGGCUAAAAAUUAUCGUGAAUAUACACCUCUUCACGAAACAACAACGCACAAUUGCAAAGAAAUAGCAGAGUUUCUUAUUUCACAUGGUGCAGAUAUCAAUGCUAAAGAUAAGGACGGAAGAACCACUCUUCAUCUAGCAGCAUACAGUAAUAGAAAAGAAUUAGCAGAAAUGCUUAUUUCUCAUGGCGCAGAUAUCAAUGCUAAAGAUAAAAAGGGUAAAACGCCUCUUCAUGAAGCAGCAAAUAAUAAAAGCACAGAAACAGCAGAACUACUUAUUUCACACGGCGCAGACAUCAAUGAAAAAGAUGAAGAUGGAAAUACCGCUCUUCAUUUUGCAGCAAUGUCUCAUAGCAAAGAAAUAGCAGAAUUUCUUUUUUCACAUGGUGCGGAUACAAAUGCUAGAGAUGAAUUCGGAGAAACCCCUCUUCAUAAUGCAGCAUUUCAUAAAGAUGAAGAAAUAAUGAAGCUCCUUAUUUCACAUGGUGCAGAUAUAACUGCCAGAUCUAAAUCUGGAAAUUCUCCUCUUUAUUAUUCAACAUGGAAUCAAGGACAUUCUGAACUAGGGAAACAGCUUAUUGCUCCUGGUGAAAAUCAUGAUAAUGAAUCCAUUUCUGAUGAUAACGAGACUUCUAUUUUCACUAGGUGCCAAAUCUGA